UCGCGGCGGCACCGGUGGGAGCGGGGCGCGGGGCUCAGAGUGCAGCGGGCGGUCGGGCGGACGGCGGCGUCUCGCACCUGCGGCGGCGGGGGACGCAGGCGUUGUCGGUUGGGUGCGAGUCUGCUGAGCCGACGAGCGGCUUCUCAGCCUCUCUCCUGCCCGUCGGAGACCGUCGGAGCGCCGGAGCCGGGACCGCUCAGCAGGCGUCACCAUGACCAAGGCCGGUAGCAAGGGCGGGAACCUCCGCGACAAGCUGGACGGCAACGAGCUGGACCUGAGCCUCAGCGACCUGAAUGAGGUCCCCGUCAAGGAGCUGGCUGCGCUCCCGAAGGCCACCAUACUGGAUCUGUCCUGCAAUAAACUGACUAGCCUACCGGCGGAGUUCUGUGGCCUCACGCACCUGGUGAAGCUGGACCUGAGUAAGAACAGGCUGCAGCAGCUGCCCGCAGACUUUGGCCGUCUGGUCAACCUCCAGCACCUGGACCUCCUCCACAACAAGCUGGUGACCCUGCCCGUCAGCUUCGCCCAGCUCAAGAGCCUGAAGUGGCUGGACCUGAAGGAUAACCCCCUGGACCCUGUCCUGGCCAAGGUGGCAGGGGACUGCUUGGACGAGAAGCAGUGUAAGCAGUGUGCCAACAAGGUGUUACAGCACAUGAAGGCCGUGCAGGCCGAUCAGGAGCGCGAGAGGCAGCGGCGGCUGGAAGUAGAACGAGAGGCUGAGAAGAAGCGGGAGGCCAAGCAGCGAGCUAAGGAGGCUCAGGAGCGGGAGCUGCGGAAGCGGGAGAAGGCGGAAGAGAAGGAGCGCCGGAGAAAGGAGUAUGAUGCCCUCAAAGCAGCUAAGCGGGAGCAGGAGAAGAAGCCCAAGAAGGAAACAAAUCAGGCUCCCAAAUCGAAGUCCGGCUCUCGGCCCCGCAAGCCGCCCCCCCGGAAACAGGCCAGGUCGUGGGCCGUGCUGAAGCUGCUGCUGCUGCUGCUGCUGUGCGUGGCCGGCGGGCUGGUGGCCUGUCGGGUGACGGAGCUGCGGCGGCAGCCGCUGUGUGCCAGCGUGAACGCCAUCUACGAUGAUGCGGUCCGGGGCCUGCGCAGCCACGACCUCUUGCGGUGGGUGCUGCAGGCCGACUCCCAGCAGUGAGCCUGAGCCCUUGCCCGCUGCCCUCCCACCUCGCAGCUCGCGUUCCUGUGGAAUUGGGUUCUGCUGGACACGACCUCUUUUUGGCAUCCGACCUACCCGCUGUCAUCAAGUGGCUGCCGAUUGGUACUCGAGAUCCCCUCUUUGUAGGACCUCUUUGUCCCUCGGUCAGUGUUCCCCGGGCGGAACGCGAAGUGAGACGCGGGGACAGUGACCUGCAUGCCUAAAGGAGCAGGCUUGGGGUGGGGAGAGGGCAAAACGGCCUUUUCUAGUUGUUCUACAAAGCUGUGCGAAGGCGAGGCUCGUUUCUACUAAACGGCCAGGUCAGCUGUCACUACAUUUAUACUUUUGUAUGUCACAAACCCUUUCUUUCAUUCCUCCCUGGGCAGCCAGGGCCGAUCAGGAGGCAGUGUGAUAUCGGGGGCAAAGGGAACACCGUACUCGGCAAAUCAAGCCGGAAUCGGGAGGGGGGGGAUACCUAUUUUCUUAAGGACCUCAGACAUUUUUAACGACCAUAUAAAAUCUCAGGCUGUGAAAGGGAUCGCAGGACCGUCCCGUCCAAUAGAACACUCGCAGGCAGGGAAGCCGAGGCCGUGCAUGACGCCUACGGUCUCCCAGCUCGUUUGAGGCAGAACUUAGCUCCUGCUCCAGUAGCUUCUCCUGUCAUUUUGCUUCCUUGCUAACGUCCGGGGGAGAGCAGAAGUCACACCCUCGCAGCAGCGGGGGGUCGGGGGGGGGGAUUGGGGCCUGUGACGGUAGGCAGCUUCCGGCCCCAUAGAUAGAAAUCUCAUCACCGUGAGUGAGGGUGCCAGCCACUCCUUCAGAGCCCUGCCCUGGCCCAUGUGGCUCCCAUAGAAUGGGGAGGGUCCAGGCCCCGCCUCAGUUUUAGAGCAUUAACCCCCCCAAUUGCCAGUGCGCAAAGAGGCGGACCACGGCGAAGCUAUGUUUAGGACAGCUGUUGGUAGCUGGUGGGACAGAGUCAGCCAGAGGCAACCCAAAAACUCAAGUUUCACAGAGACAGACAUCUAGGACGACUAGCGGUAUCUGGUUCUCGACCUUGAACCACCUCUGCAAUGAAGGGAAGCCAGUAGCACCAUGGAGUUUGAAAGUGGUGCCUUCCUGAUGGCCAGCAGGGACAGGGGCGGACGGCCCGCCCUCCCGUCUGCCGGGUUAAGCCUCUGCUUGCUCUGUGGCCUCCUUGGCCUCCUUUUCUCACCAAAGCUGGAGGAGGGGGUCAGAAGUGGGCAUCAUGGUGCUCAUCCACGGAAAGUUCCCAGUUCCAAGCUGCUGGUCUCCCUCAGGACAAGACCCUGGUGUGGUUCAGAGGCAGUGGCGUCCAGCGUUGUUAGCCUUGCUGGCUCGUUUGGACAGGGUGACCACUCGUGACUGGCCUCAUACUGGAAGAAGGGACUUGAUCACCCCCCCACCCCAGGUAGCUCUGCUGCGAAUGCCCACACCUUACUCUGAAUCACUACACAUCCCUCAGUCUUCCUCUGAGCUCCAGAGCCAUUGGUACAAACGUUUUAUUGAAACUACACAGUACAUGACAUGAGAUUGAGAGGCUACAGAAGUCCCCAUGCGGGGGCUGGCCGGGGCGGCUUUGGCAGGUGACAGGAAGGCAGGGCGCGGCCAGCCCGCUGGUCGCGGUUCACUCAUCAUCUUGAGAUCUGAUGUUGAGGUUCUUCUGGAUGUCUAGUUAUUAAACGUGUGUCUGAGUGGUC